AUGCCAGCAGAUGCAAUCGCAUCGGGGGCUACAGUCGGAGGAUUUGUUGCAGCCGAAGCAUGUGGUGGCGUCGGUGCAUUAAUUAUUGCAAGAACAGCUUUUCCUCCAGUAACUGCUUUCAUCGGUGCAUGUAUUUUGGGUGGAGUUUGUGCUGGAACCGCCAUUAUUUUGGUGAAAACAUUUAUACAAUCAACAACGGAAAUGAUAGAAAGUCUCAAACAAAUAUCAAGUUUGGACAUAUCGAAUUGGACAAAUACCUCGAAUUUCGAUGAUGAGACCGCGUGUUGGAUUGACAUUGUUUAUAUUGAAGAUCAAUGUUCACAGCAGAAAUGGAAUCUCUUUGAAUGA